UGGCUCUGACGUCGACUUCGCCGACGUAGGAACGGCACGUCCUGACUCUGAAUGCAACAUGCCCUGUGCCGGAAACUCGGCAGAAAUGUGCGGUGCUGAUCGCCGUAUUUCUGUGUACAGGCCCGGGAAAAUAGCUGCCAUCACAGCGUCUUCCGAGUAUACAACAAAUCAUGGAGCCACCAACGCGCGACUGAACUUCAAGAGCUCUUCUAGGGCAUGGGUAGCCGCGACAAAUAAUGCCGAUCAGUGGCUCCAGUUUGACAUGGGGCAAAGGUCAACCGUUGGUGUCAUCAGAACCCAGGGACGUUUGUUAUCUGGACAUUAUAACCAAUGGGUGACGUCAUACAGCAUUUCGUACGGGAACUCCAGCGGCGAUGAAAUGUGGUAUAAAGACGCGAACGGAGACACGAUCGUGUUCACAGGUAACAGUGAUAUAGACAGUCUGGUGACGCACGUGCUGGUCGACUACAACGGACCCUUCCACGCUCGUUAUGUCAGGUUCCGCCCCGUCACGUGGUCUAAUCACAUCAGCAUGAGGGCGGACAUUGCGGAAGUUGCUCCUGUUGGCUUCUGGCCACUCAACGGGCACACUCAGCUGCGUGACGUCAGCGGAUACGGAAAUGACGCAACCGGUGUGGGCGUGGCCCUUGCGAACGGUGUGCACGGUGAGAGCGAAGGGGCGUACAGCUUAUCCGGCAGCAGCACCUCCUACAUCGAGAUCCCCAACAACGGGAUGCUGGACACCCGGUAUUCCAUGACGAUACUGGCCUACUUCUACCCUACAGGGACAGAUGGGCCCAUAUUCCACUACAGAACUAACGACUACGGCGUACACUUCUGGCAAAAGGACACAGGCUACCUGUAUGCAAGAAUGAGGACUCGUGAUAACGUUUAUAAGGAUGUUCUAAAUGUGGACACACUGAACCUCAACGAGUGGAACUUCGUCGGCAUGACCUACAACUACCCUUUGGGCAAGGUCAAAUUGUGGCAUGACGGGACAGAAGUAGGAAGCCGUGACGUCGGCACAUUCGAGACGCAAACCGACUACGACAUCCGUGUUGGGCUGAGGGACGGGGAUAGUCGGACUUUGCAGGGGCGAGUCGCCUGUCUGCAGGUUUAUAACAUCCCGUUGAACAGCGAUCAGAUCAGGGACGCCGCAAGAAAGUGCAGGGCAGCGCAGCCGGUUGGUCUGUGGCCUCUCAACAAGCAGUACGGUCUGGCGGACAUCAGCGGAAACGGAAAUGAUGUCACCGGUGUGAACGUGGCCCUCGGGACUGGCGUGUACGGCGAACCCGAAGGUUCUUACGUCAUGUCCGGCAGCAGUACCUCCUACAUCGAGGUCCCAGACGACAGGACGCUGGACACUCGGUACUCCCUCACCAUCCUGGCCUCCGUGUACCCAACUGGAGGGGCAGGACCCAUACUGCAGUAUGGGGACAGCGCAAGCGGCGUCCAUCUCUGGCAAGACUCAACGUAUUUCCUGCUUGCAAGGGUUUACAGCAGAAAUGCGACCUCAAACCAGACCACACAAGCGCGGUGCCUCAAACCCAACCAGUGGAACUUCGUUGGUUUGACGUACAACUACAGCACAGGCAUGCUGAAGCUUUGGUACGAGGGACUGGAGCUCGUCAGCACAGACAUCGGCGUGUACGAGCUCGGUACCAACCAUGCGGCCCGCAUCGGUGCCGUGGGUUCGGACCACUUCAAAGGAAGCGUUUCCUGUGUACAGAUUUAUGAUGUCGCCCUCAACAAGAGUCAGAUAGAACACGCGGCAAAGCUAUGUAUAGGUAACAACAUCGCUGUGGGAAAGACAGCAACGCAGAGUAGUUCCUUUCCUUUGCUUUAUGGCUUUAUUCCGAAAGCGCCCGAUGCCGUGGACGGAUACAAAGGAUCGGACACGAAUUUGCCUGCCUGUGCUCACACACAAUUGGACUUCGAGCCGUGGUGGAAGCUGGAUUUGGGCGGAAGUUACGUCAUUGGAAGAGUACGUCUACAAAACAGGAGGGACGGCUCUGGAAAUCGUCUUGAAGAGUUCCAGGUUCGAGUUGGAGAGAACUCGGAUAUAUCCCAAAAUUCUAUUUGUGGGAGAACGACCAAUCAGCUGGACGAUCCACCGGAAAGUCGGAGCAUAACCGUCGACUGCGAUCAACCAAUCACUGGCCGUUACGUGUCUGUACAGCUGAUCGACAGGACACAGUAUCUCACGCUGUGUGAAGUAGAAGUGUUUGAAGUUCAAGGAAAUGACGCUGGAUGGUUAACUUUGGACUCCAGUUCUGUGACGAGCUCCGCCGGGACCCCCCACGAUGACGGUGGGACUGUGUAUGACGCGUCCAAGACGCUGGACGGAAACCUUUUCACCUACUGGCGCCCCACAGGUGUGACUGACAACAACUACUUCGUCACUUUUGAUUUGCAAGAAUACCAUUGGCUGUCCAAGAUCCGCGUGGUGAGCUACGAGGAAGACGACACAGCCACUCACCACAUUGCCGCCUUCACCAUCAAGACCUUAGACCCAGCUGGAGGUUGGGGUGACGUCACUUCCUUUUCCGGCUUAGCUGGUAGGCAAGUGAAGGCGUUUACAGGGUUUGUGGCGCUGAGUCGCUAUUGGCAAGUGGACAUCACGCAAACGUCACACGGCCUGGAGCCAUACGUGGCUGAGAUCCAACUCUACGGGCGUUUAGGUGCCAAUAUCGCCCAGGGGAAGACUGCGUUUCAAUCAAGCACAUACGAACCGUAUGCUGCCAACCGUGCCGUAGACGGGUCCUCCAGUACCUGGAUGUACGCUGGUUCCUGUUCACACACACAGGAAGAAUCUGAUCCCAGAUGGUGGGUGGAUCUUGGUCAAUCGUAUACUGUUGACAGAGUAGUCAUCCUCAAUCGUCAGGACUGUUGUUGGGGAAAACUCAACCCCUUCAACAUCCACAUCGGGGAUUCAGACCAGGUCAGCACGAACCCCCAGUGUGGCGGUGAUCAUGAGAUCGCACAGAGCCAGGCGUUCGUUACCAUCCUCUGCCCGUCGAUGCAGGGUCGGUACGUGGGCAUCCGUCUUCCCGGAUCCGCACGGGCACUACACAUCUGCGAGGUUCAAGUCUUUUCUGGUCCAGUUCCAGAAGCAGUGUCCAUCGAGGAGCCGACCUACCACUGCAAUGGCGACAAGCCCUCCUACGUUACCAUGGCUACCAAGGGCACGAUAACGAGUGGAGAUCAUGGGUGGGGGAACUACAGCAGUGACAGUCUGUGCAGCUGGACCAUCGAAGCACCUUCUGGCAUGGCAGUGUCAUUGACCUUCCUGACAUUUGACCUAGCCGACGACGGGGACUGCCUAUCGGAUUAUGUCGCGGUGUAUGACGGGAGCAGCCAAAGCUCGGAACUGCUGGGCAGGUUUUGCGAGGGUAACCCUGGCGUUGUGAACAGUACGGGUAACUUGAUGCACGUUACCUUUGUCAGCAACUCUUCACUGGAAGCGGCAGGGUUUCGGGCUACAUUCGGUAGUCUAGAUAUAGACGAGUGCGCCACGGGAAAUGGCGGAUGUUCACAGAACUGCAAUAACACCGUUGGCAGCUUUGCCUGUUCCUGCCAUGAUGGGUACAGUUUAAACAGUGAUGGGGCGUCGUGUGAUGACGUGGACGAGUGCGCCUCGAAUAACGGCGGUUGUGAGAAGACCUGCACCAACAAUGUGGGAAGUUUCCAGUGUUCAUGUGACUCUGGUCUGACACUCAACAGUAACAACUUAACCUGUGACGAUAUAGACGAGUGCGCCACGGGAAAUGGCGGAUGUUUACAGAACUGCAGUAACACCGUUGGCAGUUUUGCCUGCUCCUGUCACGUUGGGUACAGUCUAAACAGUGAUGGGAUAUCCUGUGAUGACAUUGACGAGUGUGCGGACAGUAACGGAGGAUGUGAACACGUCUGCACCAACACUGAGGGCAGCUUUCAGUGUUCCUGUCACCUCGGACAGACGCUUAACGGAGAUGGGCUAAACUGUGACGGUUGGGGCCUCCCCGAGACUUGUCCCACGAAUGGUUUGAUCCACCUGCCCAAUAACAAGACCUAUGUGGCCCCGUCUGACGAGCAGGUUGACUACGCCACGGCCCAGGCGAGGUGCGCCAUCAUAGAAGGCACGGUCGCUGUGACGCGGGACUGGAACGAGCUGGAAUACUUUGUGUUUUACAAGAACUGCCUAAGCUCAGCUGAUGUCUUCUGGGUGGGAAUAACCAGACAGGCCGACACGUGGGUUGACAGUCAAGGCACGGCGAUAAGUGACUUUACUGCCUGGGCACCAGGGGAACCCGACCAAGACAGAGACUGCUCUCUUAUCGUGCAGGGUGAUCUAAGCCCUGCAGAUCAACGCAGAGAUCGGUGGAGGGACAACAGUUGUAAUGGCAACAUUAGAUACAUCUGUGAAUCAAGUACCAAUCUCGCCCUAGGAAAGCCGGCGUUCCAGACAGUCACAGUCCAAGGUGCUGUUGCCAGCCGUGCCGUGGACGGAAACACUACUACUUUUUACUCAGGACUAUCCUGCACACUCAACUACGACAAUGAUAAUGCCCAUUGGUUUGUGGAUCUGGAACAAUCGUACAUGAUUAGCAGGAUCGUCAUAUUCAACCGCCAGGACGACUGUUGUUGGGAACGACUCAACCCCUUCAACAUCCACAUCGGGGAUUCAGACCAGGUCAGCACGAACCCUAAGUGUGGGGGUGAUCAUGAAAUCGACGGGAACCAGGUGUCCGUUACCAUCCUGUGUCCUGCAAUGCAGGGUCGGUACGUGGGCAUUCGUCUUCCCGGAACCGCACGGACACUAAACGUGUGCGAGGUUCAAGUCUUUUCUAGCCCAGCUGCAGGUUGUCCAAAAGCAGACUAUGUUCACUUUAAUGGAGUUUGCUACAAGAGCUUUGCUGAGGUGAAGACGUGGGACGACGCUAAACAGACGUGUGCCUCAGACGGCGGGAUGUUAGCCAUUCCGAAGGACAGUGCCACCAAUACUUUCCUCGCUAAUCUAGCAGAAGGAGUAAAUGGUCGCUGGUUUGGUAUGAGUAGAGCCAAUGGUCAGUGGGUAUUUGAGGACGGCCAAACGCUGACGUCAUCCGACUUCUCAAACUGGUACCCCGGUGAACCGGGACCAGGUAACUGUGUCGGAUAUUGGUUGACCGAAUCCAGAUGGGAUGCAAAAGGCUGCAGCAACGUCAAGGGAUUCAUCUGUCAGACAAAUGAAGAUAUUGACGAGUGCGCCGCGGAAAAUGGCGGGUGUGCGCAAAACUGCACCAAUACCAUCGGCAAUUUUUCAUGUUCCUGUCAAACUGGCUACAAAUUGAACGACGACGGUUUCUCUUGUGAUGAUAUAGACGAGUGCGCCACGGCAAAUGGCGGAUGUUCACAGAACUGCAGUAACACCGUUGGAAGUUUUGCCUGUUCCUGUCACGAUGGGUACAGUUUAAACAGUGACGGACUGUCAUGUGAUGAUGUGGACGAGUGUGCCUCCAAUAACGGCGGUUGUGAGAAGACCUGCACCAACAAUGUGGGAAGUUUCAAGUGUUCAUGUGACUCUGGUCUGACACUCAACAGCAACAACUUAACCUGUGACGACAUUGACGAGUGUGCGGACGCUAACGGAGGAUGUGAGCACGUCUGCACCAACACUGAGGGCAGCUUCCAGUGUUCCUGUCACCUCGGACAGACGCUUAACGGAGAUGGUCUAAAUUGUGACGGUUGGGACCUACCCGAAACUUGUCCAACGAAUGGUUUGAUCCACCUUCCCAAUAACAAGACAUAUGUAGGUCCGUCUGAUGAGAAGGUUGACUACGCCACGGCCCAGGCGAGGUGCGCCACUAUAGAAGGAACGGUAGCCGCGACACAGGACUGGAACGAGCUGGAAUAUUUUGUGUUUUAUAAGAACUGCCUAAGCGUAUCGGAAAGCUUCUGGCUGGGAAUAACUAGACAGAACGAGACAUGGGUUGACAGCCAAGGUACCGCCAUGGACUUUACCGCCUGGGCGCCAGGGGAACCCGACCAAGACAAAAACUGUUCCCGUGUAGGGGCAAACGAUAUCUCUGACAGUCAACGGAAGAAUAUGUGGGUGGAUUCAAACUGCGUUAAAAAAAAACGAUACAUCUGUGAAUCAAGUACCAAUCUCGCCCUGGGAAAGCCGGCGUUCCAGACAGUCACAGUCCAAGGUGCUGUUGCCAGCCGUGCCGUGGACGGAAACACUACUACUUUUUACUCAGGACUAUCCUGCACACUCAACUACAACAAUGAUAAUGCCCAUUGGUUUGUGGAUCUGGAACAAUCGUACAUGAUUAGCAGGAUCGUCAUAUUCAACCGCCAGGACGACUGUUGUUGGGAACGACUCAACCCCUUCAACAUCCACAUCGGGGAAUCAGACCAGGUCAGCACGAACCCCAAGUGCGGGGGUGAUCAUGAGAUCGACGGGAAUCAGGUGUCCGUUACCAUCCUGUGUCCAGCAAUGCAGGGUCGGUACGUGGGCAUCCGUCUUCCCGGAACCGCACGGACACUAAACGUGUGCGAGGUUCAAGUCUUUUCUAGCCCAGUGACGACAGCCAUACCAACCACCACGUCAUCACCAACAACGCCUGCUCCCAGCACUACAACAGAGGCGAGCACCACGAUGGCUAGGUCAACAGCAGGGGCUUCUGUAUCUACAACAUCACCUACAACAACAACAUCUCUACCAAGCACUACAGCAGCUGCAAGCAGUACGGUGGAUCAGUCAAUAACAGUGACUGCUGUAACAACAACGACUCCUAUGCCAGAUGCAACAACAGCGGCCAGCACUACGAUAAUUCGGUCAACAGCAGGGGCUUCUGUACCUACAACAUCUGCAACAACGACCUCUCUACCAAGCUCUACAGCAGCUACAAGCAGUACGGUGGAUCGUUCAACAACAGUGACUCCUGUAACAACAACAACUCCUACACCAGAUGCAACAACAGCGGUCAGCACCACUAUAGUUAGGUCGACAGCAGGGGCUUCCGUAUUUACAACAUCUGCAACAACGACCUCUCUACCAAGCACUACAGCAGCUGCAAGCAGUACGGAGAAUAUGUCAACAAAAAUAACUGCUAUAACAGCAACGUCUCCAUCAACGACUCCUACGCCCGGCGCAACGACAUCGGCUAGCACCACUGGGAUUCAGUCAACAGCCGGGGCCGCUGUAUCAUCCUCGACUCAACCAUCGAACACAGCCCCGAAAACUACUGUAACAGCAGCGGAAAGUGCUGCUGAAACAACCACGUCUUCACCGACGACUCCUGCACCAGACACAACAACAGCGGCAAACACCACGGCGGAUCGUUCAACAGCAGGGGCUGCGACAUCUACCUCGGCUCAACGAACGACCCCUGCGCCAAUUACUACGGCAAGUACUGCUAAAUCAACCACAUCUGCACCGACGACCUCUGCAACAGACACAAUAACAGCGGCCAACACCACGGCGGAUUGGUCAACAGCAGGGGCUUCUGUCUCUACCACAUCCCCACAAACUACCCCUGGACGAAACACUACAGCAGAGUUUAAUACAACAGUGUCUUCUUCAACAACAGAGACCGGCAUAACAAUCACGCCUACAUCGAUGACGCCUGCAUUAAACACGAGGGCAGGAAACAGCACAAAGGUGGUGUCGUCAACAACAGGAGCUGCAGUAACCAAUACGCCAGAUUUAGAAACAGUCACACUGGUACUGGCCAUACCCAUCUCAUGGAACACCUCGUACGAAGAUCCGACCUCACCUGCUUUCAAAGAGCUGGAGGCGGAAAUUGUAGCCUUGAUAAGUGACCUAUACAGCAAUGUAUCUGGAUUUGCUGGCGUGGUUGUGCAAGGUAUAAGUCGUCAGGACACCAGUGUGGCAGCCUCAGUCGGAGUCAAGUUUGUGGGUGGUGUGACGUCAGAAGAAGAAGUCAGCACGGUCCUUGCAACUGCGCUGCAAAGCUCAGUCUUAGCUAUCGGCGGAGUUGCAGUCACUGCAGUCUCGAUUGGAAACAUGACGGUAACGGGAAACUCAAGCUUGUGUGAUUCUUUUACCUGCGCUGAUCACGCCGUCUGCAUUGAGAUAGGAGAUGGAGCCAAAUGUGUCUGCCAGCCGGGGUAUGAAGGCAACGGGACCAUUCACUGCACAGAUAUUGAUGAGUGCGCCACAGGAUCUCAUGUGUGUCUUCGUGACGAGCUCUGCUUCAACAGAGAGGGAUCGUACGCAUGUGCCUCAUGCUACCCCAACAUAGCUCUGGUGGGAGCAGGGGCGAACUCUUCGGCUCCUGUCGACAUCAAACGGAGAGUACCUUUUACUGUUCAAUCUACCGUAACGACGGACUGUAAUGUGACUUACUUCUUCUUCUUCAACUGGACUUUGUACUCGAUGGACGGUGUAUUACCCGCCGUCAAAAUCUCCCUUCCUAAAACUGUUGAAACGAGUGGAUCAGAACUCUCCUUACCAAAGAACGUUCUGCCGUACGGAAAAGUCGUAAUCCGACUAGAGGUUACGGUGGAAGAGACGUUGUCAGGGUUCCGUGUUGUGAUGUUUGCUGAGCAGUGGGUGAACGUGCUAUCUUCAGCUCUAGUGGCUGACAUUGCGGGUGGCUCUGCAAGGUCGCUCGCGCCAGGCUCCGACAUUAUCCUCGACGCGUCGUCUUCUACAGAUCCAGACGCCAUGGUGGUAAACUCAGCGGAUUUUACGUACAGCUGGACCUGUGACACAGAAAUAGGAACGCCAUGCACCUACUUGUUUGGCGAUGGAGGAACAGGCCAAUCAUACACCAUUCCUUCUGAUAACGUCCAAACAAAUGCUGGUUGGAUGACUGUGCAUCUUAGCGUGUGGUUCCCGGGCAGGUCUGCUGGUACGACGUCCCAGUUCCUGGAGAUCUUUCCGGUUGGAUCUCCGUCUACAUACAUUAGGUGCUUCAGCAACUGUAAUAGAAAAAUAAACCCAUCGGAGAAGAUCGUUCUGGUGUCAGAGUGCUCUAACUGCGAGGAGAACGAGCAGGUCAGUUACAACUGGACGUUACAGGAAGCUCCGGACCAGUUCGGCAGGUUCGAUUUGAACUGGGACACCGAGACCACCACGGGAAGGAACCUGCCUGAUGUCGUCAUCAAGCCAGAAGUCUUUACGGCCCUGGGAGAGUAUGCGCUUAGACUAGAGACAACACUCGAUGACGGCCGUCAGGGAUUUUCUGAGUACAGUUUUGAACCGAACUUGCCGCCUGUGGAGGGAAGCUGUACAGUCAGUCCGGAAAACGGCACGGCCAUGGUUACAGAGUUCAUCAUUGCUUGUAAAGGGUUCUCUGACAUAGACGAGCCUCUGACGUACACCUUUCUCUUCAACACGGGCACUGCUUCUACAUUCUCUCCGCUGUACACAGGCACGGAACCCCAAACACCACCACAGCUUCUUCCUGUUGGUCAAGAGUCGCGUGACUUUGUCGUAAGAAUCCAAGUUCAAGUCUCGGAUGCCUUAGGAGCUACAUCGACUGUCGAGACUUCAGUUAUGGUCCUGGCACUCCCAGUAGAACACUCCACAGCUGUAGCCUCUCAGCUUGUGGUGGGAGAGAACAGCCCUCUUACCAAGCUGGUGCGGGAAGGAGACGCCAAGUCUUUGGUGCAGAUGUCCAACAGUGUCACGUCUGUCUUAAACUCGGUCCCGGAUAACGCCUCAGCCGAAGCAAAGAAGGCAGCAACCGAGGCUAGAGAGGCUCUGGUCAGCGCAUUGACGACCAUCAAACCUACAAGCGUGUCGUCUGUGAACCUUGUAGCGAGCGCGCUGGGAUCGGCUACAGGCGGAGGGGACGAGGUGUCAGCGGAUUCUCAGGUUGCCGCUGCAAAUUCGUUAAAGAACAUGGCGGGAUUUCUUCAGAGCAUACCUUCCGAGGAUCUGGAAAUAGGCCAGAUAGAAAAGUCGUCUUCAUUCAUGUUUACAGCCGUAGUCAAUGUAAUGGCCGGGUCAUCGAAGGUAUCUGAUAAGUCCAAAAGCUCUGAAGAUGGGGAGACUGACAGUGAUCAACUUGAAAAGGCCAAGCAGGCAACGCAGGACAUCUUCAAUGCCAUAGACACCAUGAAUGAACUGAUGAUCAACCGGAAACGACCGAACGAGAAGCCGACCGUGAUCACCCAGGGUCCGUUCGAGAUGGCCCUGCAGAGGCAGAACUGUCGAGACAUGCGGUCCCAGAUCGUCAGGCCCUCGGAGAACAGCGACACGUGGUUCCGGAUCCCGGAUGCCUCCGCACUGUUCGGACAGUCUUGCGGCCAAUCCGUUGGAUUAGAGAACUACCAUACGUCCCUGAACCCAUACUCCUACGCCGACACCUCGGGCAAGAUCAAGUCACCAGUGGCGUCGCUCAAGUUCAGAGGAGAUUCGGGUCCUGUCGGGGUCAAUGACCUGCAGGUCCCCAUCGACGUCAUGAUGCCGCAGAAACCAGGCGCCGUGGUGGUGCAGGCAGAGCGCGGGCAGACUACUCCAACCGGCCAGGAUGUCAUGUCGAUGCAUACUUUCAACGUUACCGAAGCAGAAAGCUCUGUCCAUGUCACUGUCACGCCCGACGUGGAAGGGAUACCAGUCCGUCUGUUCCUGGGCAUCAACAGCGCCCCCUCUCGACAGGUCUAUAACAGGACAGCGUCCUUGCCAUUGGUGGUGGAUUCAUUGUACUCAAUCCCAUUAGGAAACAACACGUACCUUCGGCCAGAUCCCUUCCAGUGGUUUUUGGCCGCCAGUGACUUGGAACUAACCGGAUCUGAACAACUGUUUCUUGGUGUGGACCACGAGCCUUUUACAAACGACACAACCACCAACAGCACAGUAAAGUGGGGUGACCUGUCAGAAGCUCUGGAACUUGGAAAGGGUGGAGUAAACUUCACUUUGAACUACACCCUCAAGAUAUUCACUUCAAAGUGCCUGUUCUUUGAUGAGGGUCAGCAGCAAUGGAUCUCCGAUGGAUGCGAGGUUGGCCCACUGACCAGCACCUACCUGACUCACUGCUUGUGCAAUCACCUCACCGCGUUCGGCUCCGACUUCCAGUUCUUCGUGGCGCCGAAUUCCCUGAACAUCUUGUCGGCACUGCAGGGUUUUGCAAACAUCGGGGAGAACCCGUCUGUAGUCAUCACCAUUGGAGUGCUGUUCGGACUUUAUCUUGUGGCUGUUAUAUGGGCAAGAUGGGAGGACAAAAAGGACGUGUCGAAGGUGGGUGCAACAGUGUUGAAAGGUGCAGGCAGAAACAGCCAAUCAUAUCAGGUCCAGGUGUUCACGGGGACGCGUGCUAACGCAGGAACCAGUUCACAGGUGUUUCUCGUGCUGAAAGGAGAGCGAGGGCAGUCCGGUCCGCAUGUGCUGGAAGACAAAACUCGCAUCACGUUCAAGCAGGGUGCGGUGGACACAUUCGUGGUGACGUCACCCUUGCCCCUGGGUCCUAUUCAGUCUGCCCAUAUUUGGCACAAUAACAUCGGACCCUACCCGUCAUGGUUCCUAGAGCAAGUUAUCGUCACCGACCUUCAAGAGGACGCGAAACACGUGUUCCUGUGCAAAAGUUGGCUGGCUGUGGAAGAGGGCGACGGUAAAGUAGACCGAGAGAUUUACAAGGCUACGGACAAGGACCUGACCCGGUUCGGUCGUCUCUUCUCCACAAAAACGUCUAAAGAUUUCCGAGAUGGCCAUCUGUGGUUUUCUGUGAUUGGUCGGCCAGCAACAAGCCCAUUCACUCGAGUUCAGCGGGUCUCCUGCUGCCUGUCCCUGCUGAUGUGCACUAUGCUCACCAACAUCAUGUUCUUCGGCAAGGGAGACACUAUGCAAAAGCCACCUCCAGUCUACAUCCUGGGGUUCGAAGUACAGUUCCCCAUAUCCUGGGGUCAGAUCAUGAUCGGCAUCCAGAGUGCUCUGAUGGUGAUCCCGGUGAAUCUGCUUAUUGUCCAAAUCUUUCGAAACUGCGCGGCGAGACCUUCCAGGAAAAUCAAGGGGAAACCAGUUGACAUGAGACACAUACCAAGGAAAGAUCCCGAGGGCAGAGCAUCAUCAGCGAGUUCGUCCGGGACGAAGGCUGAUCCUGCUUUCGCCGGGAAAUCGACGACAUACGAAGUUUUAUCGGAAGGAGAAAGCACAUCCAGUGCCGAAGCAAGUGAGACGAUUAGUCAAGCUGCAGAACGGAAGGAAUCCUCGCACCAAACAAUCGUUUCGGUAGAGGAGGUUGGACAUACGGAUGAUGGUGCCGAUAACGUGGAGGAAAGCUAUGACGCCACAGUUAUGAAGGGGGACCCGUCGAAACUGGCAAAGAAGAAGAAGAAACGCCUCUUGCCCUGGUGGUGUAUUUUCUUCGCUUGGUUCCUUGUGUUUGCUACGUGUUCCUUGUCUGCCUUCUUCACCAUGCUGUACGGGUUCGAGUACGGGCGGGAGAAGGCCGAGGCCUGGGUCCUUACCUUCCUCACGUCCUUCUUCUUCGACUUGGCCAUCUCCCAACCCAUCAAGAUUCUCCUGAUAGGUUUUCUCUUUGCGUUGAUAAUCAAGAAACCUGAUUCGUUGGAAGACGACGUUCCUCCAGCUCAACUUUACGAGGACGAGGAGUUUGCUGGACUACAAUCUGAUGAGAUUGAAGACCCGAUCGACGAGACUGCCCCAGAACAGACUGGACCUCCGGAUCAGGGUGCACUGGCGGUUGCUAGAGAACAGCGAUUUGUAGAACUGGGCUUUAGAGAUGCGUGUUACGACUUCGUGUUCUACAUCAGCUACAUCUUACUCUUACUGGUCAUAGCGAAUGGAAACAGAGACCAGUACUUCUACCGGAUGUCCACCCAUCUGCGAGGCACAUUUGUGGAGCCUUUCUCUGAGGUCAACGACUUUGAAUCGUUCUGGACAUUCGUCAGAGGAAGCAUCGUGUCAGAUCUCCACGACGUUAAAUGGUAUAACGAAGAGCCACUCAAUAGGCCAGGCUUUCUGUCGGACACCAGUUCGUUCAUCGUCGGGCAUCCAAGGCUGCGCCAGGUCCGCGUGUCUCCAGACGUAAGCUGUGACGUGCCCGAUCCCAUGAUGUCAGUAGUGACUGACUGUGACAGCCUCUACAGCCUCCUGGGUAGCGACGAUAGCAGUUAUGACGUCGGAUGGACACGUGUUAACGUGACUUUUGACGUAAGCAGCAGGGAGAACGUUUCCGACGACCAGGUGCCAUGGAUAUACGAGCCUGCGUCACUAAGCGCGGCUGUGCCUGACACCGGUGAGCAUGGCACCUACUACGGCGGAGGGUACAUUGUAGAGCUAUCCAACAGCAGCAACGCCGACAUGGACAUUAUAGAUGAACUGCAGGACGUGGGCUGGAUAGAUGACAACACGAGGGCAGUCUUCAUAGAGUUCAUCGUGUACAAUGCAAACGCAAACCUGUUCGCAGUCUUCAACUUACUGGCUGAGUUUACCAAUCUAGGGAGAGCCUUCCCUCAAAGCGAGAUUAUGAUUGUCCGCUUGUACCCGUACACGACAGCCUGGGGUUUCGUUCUGCUUGGAUGUCACGGGGUCUUCUUCCUCAUCACGCUGUAUUUGACAUACCGAGAAGCUCGCCGCAUUCUGACGCUGGGGACGGAAUACUUCAAAAUGUUCUGGAGAGUAGUGGAGCUCGUUCUGUCCCUGUUGGCUCUGGCGGAGGUCGGAGUUCAUCUCUACACCGCUUACCUGAUUCUCGGGUUCAACAACAGCCAAAACAGUGACAACGGGGACCAGAGGUACAACAAAUACAAACAAGCUGCCAGCUGGGAGAAAAUCAACACGUACAUCAUCGGUUGGCUGGUCUGUGUGGCGUGCUUAAAACUGCUGUACCUAUGCCGAUUCAGCAAAAACAUACAGCGUGGACCCAAAGUGGCGAGAAAGGCUUGGGCACCAUUGUCCAACUUCAUGAUUAUGUUUACCAUUUUCUUCACGGCCUACUCCCUGUUUGCGCACCUUGUCUUCGGCGCCAAACUGGGCAUGUACGGAACAUUCAUUCGGACCUUGGAAACGUUGUUUUCCGUCAUGCUCGGAGACAUGAACUACGACACAGUUAAGUCUGCUAAUGACAUUCUUGGACCGCUGAUGCUGUUGAGCUUCGUCGUCCUUGUCUCUAACAUCCUGGUCCUCAUGUUCCUAGCCAUUCUUAGCGAUGCCUACUCCGAAGUCGUCGAGGAGGAACAAAUCCAAGGCAAAUCCGAAAAUGAUAAAAUCAAGGACUACGCCAUGUACAGGCUCAGGAAGCUUCUUCAGAAAAAGCCCAAUAGUGUCGACAUUGCCAAACACACGUGCACAUCUGAAGCAGAAAUCUCUACAAUAAGCGACAGACCGAUAUCAAUUCCCACCAGACACAUGGAUGGAAAGUCGCGCAUGGAUUAUGUGUCCGAAGAAAAGAAUACUUCAGAGAAUGAGUUGGAACAAAGAGGGUUGGAGGAGGACUGGCAGAUGUUACGAUCAUAUUACGUGGGUAAACUUGACGUUGAAGAUCCGGUCAUUACGUGGUCAGAGGAUCCUUACAGAGAAAAAAGGCCAGAGAUCGAGAUAGCUCGGCGGCGCAGCUCAACAUGUCAUCCGAGACGUCCCUCAUCUGGGAUUGACGAGGCGGUGGUUCACGAGAGCCAGAUCAGUGAGACGGCAGGGUCGGCCGACAUGGCGUCGUCAGUGGAUGUUACUGGAGGGAACCAACAAAACGGGGUCGGGACGACUGGCCGCUGCAGCUCAGGAGUUCAGACAAGACGUCGCUCUUCUGGCAUCCUCCACACGACGAGCGAAGCACGCUCUUUAGAUAACGAGAGCAAGUGCGAUGGCCCAGCGGGAUCGUUGCGAUCGGUCAAUGUUGCUGAGGAAACUAGGCAAGAAGAAAACAGGACAGUCGGGCGCCGCAACUCAGGGAUGCCUGACACCCUCCCAUCCACUGAGAUUGAAGAUGAUUCGCCAAACAAUACUUCGAUUCGCGAGAGUAACCGCGGUAACCAGGCAAGACCAGUGGACUUGGCGUGGGCGGCCGGUCCUAGUGGAGAAAAGCAGGAGGGAGAGGUCGGAACAGAUCGAGGCUCGGGCCGUCUCCUCAAACGCCAAUCCACCAUUGUGUCCUUCGGCGGCGUUGAACUACCACUUCCCGGGUCAGCUUCACAACUUUAAUGCCAUAUUGGGUUUUCGACUUGGAAGUUGAAGACGUUUGAUGCACAGAGAUGGAAUGGGCAGUAUUAAAUAUUGUCUUCACAUUCGAGCUUUUAAUACAUCCGCGUCAUACCGUUU